ACAGUUAAAAACAUUUAAACAAUAACAGUCGACGUGAGCAAACGUAAACGCGCUUCUAACAAAAAAAGACACGAACGAAAAUAAAAAAAAUUAAAAAAAUACUACAUAAUUAUUGUUUUGACAGUUGUUGCGAUUUUGUAAAGAGAUAUUUGAUUGUUUAUAACAAAUGGUUGGUCAUUAAAAAAUUUAUGUGAUUUGAAAAAAUAUUUUAUGUGAAUUUUUGUUUAAUUAAAGAAAAAAAAAAAAAAACAAAACUAGAAUUUUGUAACUCAGCAGUUACAACAACCUAAACAUAAGAAAGAAUAAUAAAAAAAUUCAAAAAACAAAAAAAAAUCCUGAAAAAUCCUGUUUUCCGUGAAGAGUAUACUUGAAAUUGUGUUUCCAGUUAUUAUUCCAAGUGGAUUAUUGCAGCGAGCAAAACCCGGUCUGGUCCCGAAGUAAAACCUUUCAAGGCUACAUUCCAGUUUCAAAGUAAAACAGCAACAACACCAGAAAAAAACUGCAUUACAUUUGCUGUUUUAAGGCUCCAACAACACAGCAGCAACAACAACAACGAUGCGACAAACUACAGUUAACGAGAAAAUCGAUCCCUUAAUGCGUAUCCAACAGGAAAUCCAAGAGGUUGAGCGACGAGAGCAGGAAUAUCGUCGCCUCAUUUCAUCCGUGUCCACGGUGGGCAUGGCCAACGCCGACAAUGACAACGAAGCCUCCGAUGAUAAUCACAACGACAGCUUGCAGUCUCUGAGUCCAGUGCCACCGGCCAAUACCUCACUGAACAGCAACGAGGAUUACAACUCCAAUAACUCGCUACCCUUGAUUGUCAACAGCAUUAAAGAGGAUGAUCAUCACUCUGAAGAUUCCGGCAUUUCGGCCUCCUCCAGUCCGGUAAAUGGCGUGUCGGCCAAUAUCAAGAAACUCAAUGAGGCCACCUUGCCAGCCAAGGAACAUCGUUACAUUGGUCCAAAUUGCUAUGGUCUGACACCGGAACCACCUCAACAGAAAUUGAUGACUCGCACCGUUUCCACACCCCUCCUGAGUGCUAUAAAAGCCCCCCGGCAACAGUUCACCAUGAGUCCAGCCCACAAGGGUGUGAUGCAGCGGUUCAUUGCCUCACGUGGCAAACUCCAGCUAAACAAUACCCUCAACAGUCCCAGCCACAAUAACAGCAAUAAGAUCUUCCUAAACGGCAACAAUGCCGUGGCAGUUUUGGGUUUAAAUUCCCCCACGGCAUUGAAUACCCCACCCAACACACCCAUGACACCAGCCUCAGCUUUGUUGGGUAAUGCGUCCACAGCCGUGCAGCCAGAUUUUUCACUUCGCAGUCCAAUUGUGCCUAGUGUGAUUUUGUCUCCACCCCAGAUUGAACGUGACUCAGAGGGCAGGCCCAUACGUCCCGGCUAUGUGCCGGUGGAGGUGAAAAUUCAACGUGAAUUGCAGGAUCUGAAGACCAGAGAAAGUGAAUUGAAGAAGAUCCGUAAAAUACGUCAGUCGACACCGGAUCUCUUGGACUCCAUUGAGAAUGAACUUGCUUAUUCUGACAGCGAUGACUCUGAAGUGGAACAUUGCUACGGUCCUGGUAAAUUGCGUGCUGCCAAAUCCAUAGGCGAUAUGUGUGAUGCUGCAAACAACGGCGGUCCAAAUAGCAUUUCCCCAAUACCAGAUUUCAAUAAACAACAAAAAUUCUCUGGUGCUGGCGGUAUGCGACCGGCUGUCUCCUUGGCCCAACUCUGUGAAAUGGAUCCCGAGGAAACACCCUCUUCAAAAGGUCUAAUAGCCCAGUGGGAGAAUCUUAUACAACAAAAUGCCUAAAAGAAGAAACGACGCAGAAGACAAUGUUAUAUCCUAGAAGGAAUUCCUACCAACUAUGCAAAUGUUUUGCCGUUUCCUUUUUUUGUUGUUGAGCUUAAGCCUUUAAUUUAUUGAAAAAAAUGUAUUAGAAAAAAAAAAAAACAAAAAACGAAAAAUCCCAUAGAUCUGGCAUCUUUAGGUAGUAGCAAAGCAAAGCAAAGUAAAAGGGCAAGGAGAUUUUUAGUUGGCAUAACAAAGGGUUAUUUAUUCUCUGAGUGGAGAGAAAUUGUGACAAGGCCAAAUUGCCAAAGGAGCAAAUUAACGGUUCUUUUCCAUUUUGGCCCCUAAUCAUAGCUUAAACAUAAAUCACCCAGAGCUGGCAUUCUAAAUUAUUCGAUCAUAUUUUGUUUUAAGUAUUAAAUUCUAUUAUUUGCCGUUGUGUAUUUUCCCUUUAUUCUAGUUUCUUUUUCCUUUAUUUAAUUUUCUUUUUUUUUU